AUGGACAAGUUUGUGGUAGUGUUUAUAGAUGAUAUACUGGUGUAUUCGAAGAGUAAAGAAGAACAUGUAGAACAUCUGAGGGCAAUUCUGCAAACACUAAGGGAAAACAAGCUUUACGCAGCAUUUCUGGGCCAUUUUGUGUCCAAAAAUGGGGUAGAAGUAGAUCCAGCAAAGAUAGAAGCAGUGAAAGGUUGGCCUAAGCCAAAAACAGUGUCUGACGUUAGGAGUUUCUUAGGUUUAGCAGGGUAUUAUAGGCGUUUUAUGAAAGAUUUUUUGAAUAUUGCUAAACCUAUGACCUCUCUAAUGAAGAAGGACAAGAAUUUUGAGUGGGAUGACAGAUGUGCGGAAGCAUUCCAACUCUUGAAACAAAAGCUAAUCAUAGCGCCAGUGCUUACACUGCCAGAUGAUAGUGGUAUUUAUGGUAAUGUAUACAGUGACGCAUUUAAGAAUGGUCUAGGGUGUACUUAUGCAAAAUGGGAAAGUGAUUGCAUAUGCAUCAAGACAAUUGAAGAAUCAUGA